UGGGAGUGGAGGAGGGAGGGGUGAUUGUCUUGUGGGCGUGGCUGAGCGGAAGUGGGUUUUACACGCAGGGACUGAAUGGUGCAGCUCUAAAAGACAUUUGGUGACUCCACUUUGCUGCAACACGCAGGACUUUUUAUUUUUUGCAGAUUAAGUCAUUAAAGAAAGCAUUUUUUUCCUACUAAUGCGUUGCCUUUUCCCGCCUCUUUUUUUGUUUCGUUCCCCAGUGCAAACUUAAAACAGAAACUGACUCCAGUUGCAUUUUCCAAAAAGAAAGUACAAGUCAGGAAAGUUUGGGGCCCAAAGCCGCCAGUGAUGUUAUUAGACAUGAGCGGAGAGCUUGCGUCGUUCCUCCUGCACCUGUCAAAGAGGCAGCUGCGGACUCUCUUGCCUCCUCCCGCUGGCCGCCCCAGACCGUCGGAUGCUUCCACCGUGGUGGAGGGGGAAAAAAAAAAAUCUCAGCCCGGUCCCACUGGCUGCCUUCGCCUCGUCGAGAAACGUGGCUUCCCUCGGAGACACUGGCGGUCACCACACCCGUGGCCACACCCCUCCGAUUUACAGUAUUCAGCGAGGAGCAGACGGUGAAGAGAAGGAUAAAGAGGCUCAAACUGGCGGAGAACCGAAAUGGGAGCUGCAGGAGCCGAGCUGACCGACUGAUUUUUGCAAGCCUUCAUAAAACAGCUGAUGUUGCUGAGUCAGCCUCAUGACUUCAUCAUCAUGGGACGGGACGAGCGGUGGCGAGCCGUGACCGUGGGCGACAUCCAUGCAGCUGCUCCGCUUCUUUUCGGUGGCGUCCCAGCGGGGUGCCAUGUGCUCGCAUCAUGAAAGGAAGGAAGCGGCAAUCCUGGAAGUUUGAAAGGUUUCGCUUUUAGCAGGAAGUAAAGAGCCGUGCAGUCUUCUAGCUGUCAGUAGGAUAUCUACUCAAAUGGAUUCUUCAUUCAUCACUCCAAGCGACGUUUGCUGCCUGACGAAACCUUGCAGAAUGAGCCUGGAUUUCACCUGGACUAUUUACAAUGGACUUAAGGGGACAUGGAUUCCAGAUUUUUUUUUUUUUAGGUGUGGAAUAUUCCGUAUAUUACAGGGAUUCUCAAACUGUGGUCUGUGUACCACUAGUGGUACGCCAUAGAAACACAUCAUAAAGGUAGCGCUUUUAACAGGAAGUAAAGAGCCGUGCAGUCUUCUAACUGUCAGUAGGAUAUCUACGCGAAUGGAUUUUUCAUUCAUAACUCCAAGCGACAUUUAGGCCUGGAUGGACCGCUGCCUUUAGGUGGUCAUGUGACUCACAAGCGCCAGUCAAUUAAGAAGAACAAUGUGAGUCUGGAGGUGUGACCACAGCAUCCUGCAUAUGUCUACUUAUCUGUUACACAGAUGAAGCAAUCCACCCCUGCUGGGCCGCCACCCUCACUCCCACGCAUUACUUGGGAAGUCCUGAGUUGGCCUUCAGCCUUUAGGAUAAAGCCUGGCCGGAUGGAUUGCAUCACCCCAGCAAGAACGAGCCUCCUGCAUCUGGGUCAGGGCAAGAAGGGGAUAUGCAAGCUGUGUGGUCGGUUUUGGAAAAGUAAGCCAAAACCCAUAUUGGCCGCUACUGGCAGGACAGGAAACAGCUCCUGAGCACUUAAGGAUUCAUCAGAGCUCCUUGUGGACACAUAAAGCAAAUUUGAGAUUCCCAGGAGGCCACUUAAGCGCAAGUUGACUUCUUUAUGUACUGGAACCAUUUCAUUUCUUCUUUAACAACACAACUGGCAAAGUGAUUUUCUGUGGUCAAGGAAGGACGCGCAGCACCGAGGACGCAAGCCACAUCCUCUGAAGUGGACCGAAAACAAACAUGGAGGAAGGCGGUCAGAGACCAGAACAGGACCACUCGGAAAACAAAACAGAUGAAGAAGACACUGUGGAUGAGGUUAACCUGGAGAUAGCUCAGCUGCAGGGCCUGGUGGCGGAACUGCGCGAGGGGCUCCGCGACUCCCUGGCCGAGCAGGGCGAGCUGCAUCAGAGGGACCACAGAUUGGAGGAGAAGCUGCGGGCCCACCAGACAGAUGUGGAUGAUAGGAUUAUGGGCCUGAAGAACUCCCUCAACACUUUCAAGGAGGAGCUGAGUGCUGCCUUGUUCCACAUCCAGGAUAUGUCAAGCAAACAAAGAGAGGUGAUCCAGCAGGUGGAACAGCUGAACUCACAAAGGAAGAGCUCCAACCCUGACGUGCAGACAUCACCAAAGGACGAUCGCCUCGGCCAAUCGGACCUCAGCAUUGUUCAGCGCUACUUUGUUGAGUCGCCACAGAGGAGCGCGUCGACGCAGACACCCACUUUGGCCAAAAGUCCAGCGUGGGCGGAAGCGUGGGACUGCAGAGAGGAUACGGACACGUCUGACAGUGUGAAUGAAAAAAGUUUGAGACAGAAGGCCGCCUUGGAGCUCCUGGAGUCAGAGAGGAUCUACGUGUCCCACUUGUCUCUCUUACUGAAGGCCAACAUCUCCUUCAACGGGUUGGAGGUACUCGCUGCUAAGGAAAAACGUCCUUUCCCUAGCUCUCUGAGGUUCCUCAUCCAGCAACACCUGGACCUCCUGCACACCCUCCAGGAGCGCGUCCUCCGGUGCCAGUGGCAAGGCAUCAUGGGAGAUAUAUUCAUGAAGCUCACCAGCAAAGAGAGUGAUUUCCUGGACUUGUACGUGUCCUACCUUAAGGAGCUCCCGGACUGCCUGGCCGUCAUCAACAUGCUGGCCUCCAACGCCAACAAGCCAAACUCCUUCCUGGAGAGCGACAACAUGGGCGGCAAACCGAAGCCCUCCUUGCACACUCUGCUCCUCCAACCAGUGCAAAGGAUUCCAGAUUACCUGCUACUGCUGCAGAGUUUGCUGAGGCAUACGGAGGCCGACCACCCCGACUACUACCUGCUGCUGAUGUGCAUCCAACAGUUCCGCACCUUCUCCAGCCAGUACCAGCACCUCCUCCAACACAACCAGGAGCUCCUGCUGCACAACCGCAAGGAAGUCAAGAGAUCUUCCAUGAAGCAACUGCUGAGGACAAUGGAAGGCGGCAUUCAAGGCUCUCCUUACCCUCACAACAGCUCCAUGUUGAACCACGCAAGCCAGACCAAACACAGCAAGCAGAUCCAGUCCCAACGCUUCCACGACUGGGAUCAGGACCGAGAACCGAGCCGUUAUGAGCCAGAGUGGCCUUCCCAGCUCCAGUACUUCAGUCCUGACGUGGACUCUCGGAAGCAAAAAGGUCUGGGCAUCAUCCCAGAGAGCGAGGUUUCGGGGCGCCCCUCCCAAAAUCUUUCGCCAUCAAGACUGCCAGAGUUCCGUCAAGUCCAACCGGGCUCGGCUCUCGCCGACGCCCUGGAGGAGUUCCUGCUCCCCGCGGACCCUCCCGGGAUGGAAGGUCUGUACGAGGACGACUCGAGCUCCCUUCGCGACGCGUCCGGGUUCGGCCGCUGCUCCUCGGCCUCCUCCGACUCGUCCAUCGACAUCGCCUUCGUCAGCUGUCCCAAGUCCCCGUUGACGCCGUCGCAGCACGCCAUGGCCAGCAACGCGUACGGCAACGGAUACGGCCGACCCCCCAACAGAGGGUGCGUGUCGCCGGACGAGGCCAUCCUGAUGCGGCACAACCACCAGCGCCCGCUUCAGGCCAGCCAGCGCAGAAAAAGCAAGUCUUUGAACGGCCUGCAGCUGGAGGGCGUGGCGACGGACGGAGGUUUGCAGUCAGAGCAGAGAGCGGGAGCGGGCAGCCAUGCCAAGCUGGAGCGCCAAGGCAGCAAAGGCAGCACGCCAUCCAGGAAGAUCCACGGUUCUCCGGGGAUCAGGAAGGACGGCGCCGAGAAGCCAAGCGAGGAUCUUCACGGGCUGCUGGACACGGGGAUGCAGCCCUGGGGGGAGGAGCCCAGGUGGAGGGGCGGGGCUGAGGAGAACCACCACACCCCCUUGAGUGAGAGGAGCCGCAAGCAGGACAAGGGAGGCUUCAGGAGCUCCUUCAAGAAACUCUUCAAGAAAAAAGGCGGAGAAGACAAGAAGGACAAAGGGGCAGAAAAUCCCAACAGUGAAAACGAGGCGGGGAAAAAUCUCAAACUGGUAGACGUGGAUCGAGGUACUGCGGUGUGAGGAGCAGAUGUCACAAAUAUAUGACAACUAAUAA